ACACGCCCGUGUUGAGCUAAUGAUUUUUGCAUUCCUUGUUCCUUCAAUUCAAUUUUCCAUCAAUGCUAUACGUUUACUGCCUGUGAGCAGCCAUUGGUGCCUAAGGAAAUGGGUGCUGCAAGAAUCGUUCAUCUCCUGACGGGUUGCUGCAAAACGAAGUCGCACGCGCAACAAGUACUGGCGCAGAUACUCGCCGGGAAUCUCCGUUCCGACUCCACCGUCGCCUACAGUUUCAUCUCCGCCUGCGACGCCUUGAACCUUCUCAGCUCAGUCGCCUUCCCUCUUUACAUAAACAGCAUCACAAAGCCCCACACUUUCGUCUGCAACGCGCUUCUGCGAGCCUACUCUCAUUCCAGCGUUCCUCGAAAAUCUCUAAUUGUAUACUCCCACAUGAACAGGAAUGCAAUUGGUGUCAAUCAUUACACUUUCCCGUUUGUGCUCAAGGCUUUGGCGGACUUGAGGGUGAUCGAAGUGGGGAAAUCGGUGCAUUCCCAGGUAAUUAAAUUAGGUUUCACGAACGACGUUUAUGUUGGGAAUUCUUUGUUGAAUUUGUACGCUGCAAGUGGGGAUAUGUUUCUGUGCGGGAAGGUGUUCGACGAAAUGCCUCUGAGAGAUGUGGUUUCGUGGACUGUUAUGAUCUCUGGGUAUAAAGAAGCCGAGAGGUUCGACGAUGCAUUGAUUGCUUUCGAGAAGAUGAGAAGCCAUGGAGUGAUGCCUAAUCAAGUAACUGCAGUGAAUGCAUUGCCUGCUUGUGGUGCUCUGGGGGCAUUGGAUAUGGGCAUAUGGAUCCAUGACCAUGUAAGAAGGAAUGGCUGGGAACUGGAUGUGAUUUUGGGCACUGCCUUGAUAGAUAUGUAUGGAAAAUGUGGUCAAAUCGACGAGGUGAUCAGCGUGUUCGAGGACAUGAGUGAGAAGAAUGUGUUCACUUGGAAUGCAGUGAUUAUGGGGUUAGCUCUAUCGAAGAAUGGAAAGGAGGCUAUAAAGUGGUUUCGAAAGAUGAACGAAGAAAGGGUUUGUCCCGAUGAGGUGACUUUAAUUGCAGUGCUGUCGGCAUGUGUUCAUUCAGGUUUUGUGCAUAUGGGGCGACGGGUAUUUGCCUCACUCUUAGUUGGGAGAUAUGGAUUUAAACCUAAUGUUAAGCAUUAUUCAUGCAUUGUUGGUCUUUUGGCGCGUUCGAAUUGUUUGGACGAGGCGGUUAGGGUGAUAAAGGGGAUGCCAUUUGAGCCUACCGUGAGCGUAUGGGGGUCAGUGCUUUUGGGCUCUAGAGCAUUUGCAAACUUUGGAUUGAGUGAACUUGCAGCUUGGAAGCUUGUGGAGUUGGAGCCACAGAGAUCUGCUCAUUACGUCGUGUUGUCUAAUUUGUAUGCGGACAUGGGGAGAUGGAGUGAUGUAGAGGAAGUUCGGAAAUUAAUGAAAGACAGAGGACUUACAAAGGAUAUCGGUGGCAGCAAAAUUGAAAUGGAGAAUAAUCAGGAGGAUUCCCUUUUGGUAGCCAUUUGAUGGAUGUCUAUCAAUCUGAUGCUGAAGAUUUUGUGAGGAAUAAAGUUCUUUGCAAAAGAUAAGGCAGGCCAACUUAUUCCCUACCCCAAAACUGAUGACUUCCACAAAAGGAAUAUUGGGAUUUUGAUAACUCGGCAAAUAGGGAAACAUAUUGAUGGAAAAAUGGAUGGCAAAGCAAGCAUUGUUGUUGUUAAUGGAACAGUAAACCUUCAAAGUGAACACAAGAAAGGAAAGAGAAUCCACUCUCUAAAGGUAUUAGCCAUAAUUUGCAGCAGUCUUCAUGCCUUAGGCCCUCCAAGAACCUUCUGAGUUGCGGGUCGCCCCAAGAUAUUGGCAACCCACGCGCUGACAUGAGGGCGCUCCUCGAACACGGUCUUGUACUUGGUUUUCAACAAGCUGUUAAUGACAGGGAUGUGAUGAAGAUCAGCCAGGGAGUAAUUGUCUCCUCCCAAGUACUUGGAUUCGGCAAGCCGGGCUUCAUACACAUCAAGAACCUUGCCAAGCUGGCCUUUCAGCUGCUCGGCUACAUCCUCAUCCGGAGUCAUGCCCUUGAGUGGCUUCACCACAAUCUCAAAGUUGAGCUUUGAACCUGCAGCUUCAAAUUUCUGGGAUUCAACUUCAAUCCAGACUCCAAUUAUAGCCAUCUUCUUUACAUCGUGAUCGAUCAGCGGAGUUCCCUUGUCGGCGUAUGCAUGUGCAAUGUAAUGGGUAAUAGCCCUUGAUU